AUGUCAGGUCACCCCCCAAUUAGCAUAGGUCCAUGCGAACCCCCCAACUGCACUAUGCCAGUUAAUCCCCCAGAUAGCAUCGGUCCAUGCAAACCCCCGAACCACAUUAUGCCAUGCCCCCCAAUCACAUCAUGCCAGGCCAUGCCCCCCAAAUCACAUCAUGCCAGGCCAUGCCCCCCAAUCACAUCAUGCCAGGCCAUGCCCCCCCAAUCACAUCAUGCCAGGCCAUGUCCCCCAAAUCAUAUCAUGCCAGGCCAUGCCCCCCAAUCACAUCAUGCCAGGCCAUGCCCCCCCAAUCACAUCAUGCCAGGCCAUGUCCCCCAAAUCGCAUCAUGCCAGGCCAUGUCCCCCAAAUCGCAUCAUGCCAGGCCAUGUCCCCCAAAUCGCAUCAUGCCGGGCCAUGCCCCCCAAAUCGCAUAA